AUGAUUUUAGAUAUUUCUUAAAUAGUAGAUGUCACAUAUAAAAAUGAUUUUUAGAUUAUUAUACAUUAUAAGGAAGGUAAAUUAAUAUUAAUUAUGGAAAAUCAAUAAGACUUUAGUAAAAUAGAUUUAUCUUUAUGGUCAAUUAUGAGAAAAAAUGUUUGUCUAAAUUCUGAGUAAUUAAUAUAUUUAUAAGAUUAGUAAAUUAUUUGAGAAUAGUUUAUUUGAAAGACCUUUUAGAUAAGAAAUUAAUAUAGAUUAUAAAAAAUUAAAAGAGCAAUUGUCUAAUAUAAUUCCAUAAAUGGAAUAGGAUUCAAAAUAAUAAUUUACUUUAAAUAUCAAAAAUUCUGAUCAUUUUACUGAAGCUCAUUAAAAUAGUAAUAUUCUAAUUUAAUCUUAAUAAUCACCAGAAUUAAAAGGAAUAUAACCAAAAUAAAUGAUUUAAAUAAAUUAAUAAACAAAAUUAUAACAUGCAUUACUUUAACUAAAAUAAGGAUUUUGCAUGAUUAAAUAUUCAGAAGGAUAAAGAAAACCAAAUAUUAAAAUUAUAUAUUUAACUGAAAAUGAACAAUAUAUAAAAUGGAAAGAUGAAUUAUAACCUUUUGAUUAAAAAAAUACUUCAGAAUAAAAAUCUAUCUAAAUUUCAUAAAUAAAAGAAAUCAAAGAUAAAGCUUAAGGAUCAGGUUUUGACAAAUUUAAGAAAUAUCGUUAGGGGAAAGAAUCUCUUGGAAUAACAAUUAUUGCAAAGAGAAAUUUGGAGUUAGAUGCACCUAAAUAAGAAAUUAAAGAUUUAUUUUUGGAAUGUUUAAAAAUUUUACAAGAAAAUAAAUAAAAUAACAAAUUUGAGUUGAAAAACAAAAAAUGA